AAAAUACAGGAGUCACCACAGAAUAUGUGGUUUGGCAGCAAAGAUGUGGGAAACGGGUAUCAGGAAAGAAAAAAAUGACUCCAGAAGGUGGCGGUAGUGUGAUAGUAAGGAUGCCGACGUCUAAGAAUUAGCUGAAGAGGAAGAAGAGAACGGGUUGGGGGAAAAAGGAGGAAGCGGAACAAGAAAUCAGAAAUCAGCUGUCAAAAAGUGGCUAAAGUGUAAGCAACGGAUCAGAAAGAGAGAUGUUCGGAGCUUGUCUACACCACUGACCCUGUUGCCUGCCAGUGACCUCUGACUCAACACAUUCGCCAAGAUGCCUGCAGUUUCCACCGGGGUCAAAGAGCUGUAUUUGUCCACCUCUCUGGGGGACCUCAAUAAAAAAGCUGAAAUUAAGCCAGACAAGACGAGCACUAGAAACUAUGUCCAGAGUGCCUGCAAAAUAUUCAAGGCGGCAGAGGAGUGCCGUCUGGACAGAGAUGAGGAGAAAGCUUAUGUACUGUACAUGAAGUAUUUGACAGUAUAUGACAUCAUCAAGAAGAGACCAGAGUUCAAGCAGCAACCGGAGUAUUACAUGACUAUGCUUGGGACAAACAGCUUUAAGAAAGCCAUUGAAGAAGCUGAAAAGCUGUCUGAAAGUCUUAAACUCAGGUACGAAGAGGUAGAAGUGAGAAAAAAACUAGAGGAAAAGGAGAGACAAGAGGAGAAGAAGAGGAGGGAGGAAAUGACAGAGAAGGAUGGCGAACGGGGCUCUCCAAAAACGUCAUUCGCAAACAGGAAGGACAGCAAAAAGGUGAAAGCUGAACAGAAUGAACUGAAGAAUGUAACCUCAAAAGCUGCGCUGCCUGCUGGUGGGAUCACGGCUGAGAAACUUUACAACAUGAUGAAGGACCAGACUAUCGCAAUAAUUGUUAUGGAUGCACGCAGCCAUCGAGAUUUUGAGGAGUCUCAUAUUCAGGUCCAGGCUCAAACCUGCAUCAGCGUGCCUGAGGAGGCCAUUAGCCCAGGAAUCACUGUGAAUCAGAUUGAGGCAAAGCUGCCAGAAGAUUCCAAAGAGCACUGGAAACGGCGGGGAUUUGUAGAUUAUGUCAUCCUCUUGGAUUGGUUCAGUUCUGUCACUGACCUUAAACUGGGGACCACCUUGCAGAGCCUCAAAGAUGCUCUUUUUAAGUGGGACAGCAUCACCAUCCUGCGUAGUGAGCCGCUGGUGCUGGAGGGUGGCUAUGAGAACUGGCUGUUGUUUUACCCCAUGUAUACGACCAAUGCUAAAGUUCGACCACCUAGACAGACCAUUACCAACACCCUCCCUCAGUUGAACUUUAGUUACCCAUCCCUUGAAGAACCAAAACCUCCAACCCCACCUCCACCCGAGCCUGAAGUUUCACUUGAGCCUCAGGAACCAUCAGCUCCUGUGCUUGUGAAUGGGGUCACACCAGCAGAACCUCCAACAUCUAAAACUUCCAUAGUCGCUGAUAGGUUGCCCGACAGUGUUGAUUUCUCUGUCACCGGCUCCACAAAUUCUGGUCAGGACUUGGGUAAGAAGGCCCCUGCUGCAAGCACAUCCAGCCAGUCACCUGCAACACCCAAAGCAUUCCCUCAGUUUGACCGUACCAAGAAACCUGAACCUAAGCCCAGCCAAAACGGGUCAGCAAAGGACUCCACCCAGAAUGGCCCAGUUGUCCCAGACCGUUCAGUUAAACCACCCUUUGCUUCUAAUGCUUCUCUUUCUAAAGAAGAACAAAGUCAGAUACACUCCGAAGCAGUGGCAUUGAUGGAGAAAGCAAAGCAGGAGCAGGAGAAGCGCAUGCAGCAGCGUCGUUUAGAGGAGGAGAAACGGGACAAGGAGUCGAAAGAAAGGCUAGAAAAGGAAGAAAGUGAGAAGAGAAGGAAGGAAGAGGAAGAGAGAAGACAUCAGGAGAAGAAGAAACUGGAAAGGCAGAAGGCAGAAGAUGAGGAAAAUAAAAUAAACAAAGCAUGGGACGAAAAAGACAGGAGAGGAAAAGAGCAGAACUCUGACACACCCUCUAAGAGUAUGUCUCUGGAUUCCCCGGCUCCCAACCAUAUUGUUAGUGAGAUUAAGAGGGAGCCUCUGACCCGAGCAAGGAGUGAAGAGAUGGGUAGGAGUGUACCGGGCCUUCCUGAUGGUUGGAUGAAGUUCCUUGACACAGUAACGGGGACCUACCGAUACUACCAUUCGCCAACCAAUCGUGUCCACCUGUACCCUCCUGAAGUCACUAUUCCCCAGACCCCACCAUCGACACCACCAACAGUCAAACAGAAAACACCACGACCAGCUGAGCCAGACACCAACCGUGAACGAGAGCAGGAGCAGUCUAAACUGAAACGCUCCUACUCUUCCCCUGACAUCAGUCAGGACCUGAGAGAGGAGGCACAGAAGAAGGCCACUGCCCCGACUGCUACUGCUGUCAUACCCACAAUCAACAGAGAAACCAAACCUGCACCUGCCAAAGUCUAUUCUAAAGUGGAGAUUGCGCGUCCUUCAGCAGCCAAAAUUCGCAACCUCAAUCCCACAUUCGGGGGUUUGGGCGCAUCACUGACUGGCCUUCGUAACCUGGGCAACACAUGUUAUAUGAACUCAAUUUUACAGUGUCUUUGCAACACUCCUGCCUUGGCUGAAUACUUCAACAACAAUUGCUACCUAGAGGAUAUAAACAGGCACAAUAUUCUUGGCCACAAAGGGGAGGUGGCCGAGGAGUUUGGUGUAAUCAUGAAGGCCUUGUGGGCUGGUCUGUACAAGUGCAUCAGUCCACGUGACUUCAAGAUCACCAUAGGCAAGAUCAAUGAGCAGUUUGCUGGUUAUGACCAGCAAGACUCCCAGGAGCUGCUGCUGUUCCUCAUGGAUGGGCUUCAUGAGGACCUCAACAAGGCGGACAACAGGAAGCGGUACAAGGAAGAAGAAAAUGACCAUCUGGAUGAUCAAACGGGUGCUGACCUGGCCUGGAGCAAACACAAGCUUCUGAACGAGUCCAUCAUCGUAGCACUGUUCCAGGGGCAGUUCAAGUCCACUGUGCAAUGUCUGACUUGCCAUCGCAAGUCACGGACAUUUGAGACCUUCAUGUACCUGUCGCUGCCACUGGCCUCCACCAGCAAGUGCUCCCUACAGGAUUGUCUGAGGCUAUUCUCCAAGGAAGAGAAGCUGACUGACAACAACAAGGUGUUCUGCAGACACUGCAAAGCCCACAGAGACUCCACCAAGAAACUGGAGAUCUGGAAGGUCCCACCCAUCCUCCUGGUGCACUUGAAACGGUUCUCCUAUGAGGGUAGAUGGAAGCAGAAACUGCAGACAUCUGUAGACUUCCCUUUAGAUAAUCUGGACCUGGCCCAGUACGUCAUUGGACCCAAACAGAGCCUGAAGAGAUACAAUCUUUACGGAGUGUCUAACCACUAUGGGGGUUUAGAUGGCGGCCAUUACACAGCCUACUGUAAGAACGCCGCCAAACAGCGCUGGUACAAGUUCGACGACCAUGAGGUGUCUGACAUCUCCACCUCCUCCGUCAAGUCCUCUGCAGCCUAUAUCCUGUUUUACUCCACCCUGUGAUGGUGCUGUGGGACAUAAAGGAGGCACACUAAUACACCAGAGCAGCAAUGCUUUUUUUCUUUUUAGAAUCACAGCUCUGAGGACCUGGUGCACGAAGCUGCGGGUAACUUGUCGGGGAAUUACUCGAGCGAGUGGCCAUGAGAUCUCGUCUGUCCCAGAAAGGAGAACGGUGCAGGCACACUGUGCAACGCUUCAGCUACUAGAGGAGCCAUAGCUGUUUAAAAUAUGCCAUCUGUUCACGUUACUGAUCAUCUAGAGACUAAAUGGAUCCUCCUUUAAAUCUGACUUCUCUACCAUAGUUGUGCUGUAGGGCUGACCACUGGUCCAGACGCUCUUCACUCGCAUUUCUUUCGCACUCGGUGUGGACAGCACUAUCGCAGAACUGAUUUUCAGCUUUCUUGUACUGUGCAUACACAGGAUUAACAGUUAGGCGGCAUGUACAUACCUACCGACACUGAUGUUGCACAUUAAAAAUGUAAAUACUUUAGGGCAAAAUAUUUAUCUGUUAAGUGACCAAAUUAUUAUUAUUUUUUUCGUGAAAGUAGCAGCCAUUAUAUUAUCUCCAUAUUCAUAAAGGCAAAGCAUAUGUUUUAGGGGUUUACCUGUAGAGCCUUCUCUUGUUUAUUAACGAGGGGGUGUUAAAGAGACUGUGACUGAUUUUUAGCAUUCUUCCUGAGGUAAAGGAGGGAGUUUUGAUUGUUCAUAUUAGCCACAUUCUUGCACUUAUCCACUUAUGCAAUCACAUUAAGUUGUUUAUGUAGAACAUAUUUGUUUAACAGCCGAUUUCAGCGCUCUACUCAGAAUGCUUUAAACUGAUGCUGAUAUCUUGUCUGUCUUGCUCUGUUCAGCUAAUGAAAGGAAACCCUACGGUCUUCUUAAAGUUUGUCAGUUAAACAUACUUACUCUUUACAUGAUUAUACUCAAACACUAUUUAGAGGCAAAUGUAUCAGGAUAGAUUGACAUCCUGUUUGGUUCAUACUAGUGAUUUUUUGGUCUUUAUUUGUUUGAGGCUUGGUUAGAUUAUUUUUUUUUUUUUUGAAUUACUUUAAUGUUUAGUAUUGAGCUGGAGAAUGUGAAGACAUGAGAAAUUACCCUUAGCCACUUACACGAGUGUGAUAGGGUCAACACGCUGCCUGACUGACCAGCCGACUGACGAGGGCAAGCACAAAGUAAGCUUGAUUAUAAUUUUUUUUUAGAAUGGACCAGAGCUCUUAAGGGGUAGGAUUAGACUCUGAACUUCCUGACUGUUUUUAUUGCCUCGCAUGAGAUCAUGUGCUAUUUUCUUUUCACUUGUACUUCCCCCCUCAAUGUUCUGAAAGUGUUUCAGAUAUAACGAUUAUAUUAAUCUCAAACAACUCAUGUCUAUUUAUUAAAACUGCUUCAAAUUA